AUGCCUGACAUGGAAGUUCUGGACCCCCACUCUGACUCAGAUGAUGAGGACAAUGUAGAGACCUUGAGAGGUUGGAGAGGGCAGUGGGAGUAUUUGGGAGAAGAGGGUGAUAACAAGGACAGAAGUGAAGAUGAAUACAUGCCUGACACACUAGUUCGUAUCAUCCGCACUAUCCACCACCUCAUUGAUAGCUGGUAUGAGAACCACUACGAGGCUCCUCGGGAUAACUACUCACGCGGCCCAGCAUCUUUUCCUCACACGCUCAAUGUUCUCAAAGAACGCCGACCUGACCUUUUCCACCGCAACUUGCGGGUCACACCAGCGGUCUUCGAUGCUCUCGUCGAAUGUAUCCAGGGCGACUCCAUCUUCACCAAAAACUCCCAGAAUGAGCAGAUUCCUAUUUCCCAUCAACUCGCCAUCACCCUCUUCCGUUUUGGCCACAGCGGGAAUGCAGCGAAUGAGACCGUUUGCUUUCCUACCGACGAGGAAAAGGAGGAGGCAAAAUCUUGGGUUGAGGAUCAUUCGUGCGCGGAGUGGCAGGAUGGGUUUUGCAUGGUGGACGGCACCCUUGUCCCACUAUAUGAGCAUCCUUUUUGGUUUGGUGCGACUAUUUGUCCUCUUCCCUCACUCGCUCUUGUCUUGCCUCAGCAAUAG